CAUGUGUAUAAUGAGAAAUGUAGCAACAUGAAAGUUGUUAUCUUAUAGCACCACUAAGGCUAUAAAACAGAUGUAAUUAUUUACCACUUUGAUUAGUUCUUCCAAGGUUUUGGGAAGUUUUUUUGUCGACAUUUCAGUUACCGACUUAAAGACAUAGGCUUUAUGAAAGAUUUUGAAAGCCAAAUACAUAUUUCUCAAAUAUCAAAAUGUACUGACAUGGAUUGAAUUUCAAAAUAAGUAGAAACUUAGAAAUUUAACAAAAUACUAAUUUGUGCAAUAGUUUGUGUGAAAAUAUGGAACCUAAGAAAAAAGCAGCGUUCUCAAUUAGGGAUCUUCUCGGGAUAAGGACACAAAAAUCUGGACAGGAAACUCGAGAUUUUGGUAGAGAGUUUCGUUUUGGUGGAAUAAACUCCUGUUUUCCCGAUGCCCGUGCUUUUGGACCGUUUUUGCCACAUGUUGGACAUGAACAUUUCCGCGGAGAGGGUUUUCCGGCCUAUCAUCCAUGGGGUGCACCAUUUAUAGACAGUCUGAACACAUCUGGCCAGACCAUUCUUAACUUCAACAUCUUCUCACCUCCAGGAACAGAAAACGGCAAACACGAUGGGAAAGAAAGAAGAAAUAUUACCAGUGUUCUAGAUUUACAGACGUCAGCCAUCAACAAUAAAAAGAAGAAAAAGAAACGAAGACACAGAACGAUUUUUACGUCAUACCAACUGGACGAAUUGGAGAAAUCUUUUAAAGAUGCUCAUUACCCGGAUGUACAGACACGUGACAUGUUAUCUAUAAAAACCGGUUUACCAGAAGACCGGAUUCAGGUUUGGUUUCAAAAUCGUCGAGCUAAAUGGCGCAAGACGGAGAAAACUUGGGGAAGAAGUAGUAUUAUGGCGGAAUAUGGUUUAUAUGGUGCUAUGGUUCGCCAUUCUUUACCAUUACCAGAAACUAUUCUAAAAAGCGCUAAAGAAGGGGUUUUGGAUUCCACAGCCCCAUGGUUGCUCAGUAUGUACAGGAAGUCGGUCGAUUCUUCACCACCAUUACCUGAGGAUGUCAGAGAUAGGACUGACGUGGAAGGAGUGAAUCAGAGUGAUUUUAGAUCUGAGAGUAUUGCAGCAUUACGAGCUCGUGCUCAAGAAUAUUCAGCAAAGAUAAUGCCUAUCCAAGAUCCCAAAGAAGACAGUGCUACAACAGAACAAAGUUGUUCUAGUGAAACACCAAGUGACAAAGACUCUUUAGUUACUGUAUCUGAAAAUACAAGUUGACAUACUCGGAGUAUAUAUAAUUAAAUUUAGUGCUAUUUAUUGAUGGGCGGGUUUAAUUUGAGUCCAUGCAUUUUCGUCUUCGAUUACCAUAUAUCACUGAUUCCACAAGAAUUACCGCUGCUUGGGAUUCGUUUUUUUUUCUCUCGCUUAUUUAUGAUAUAUUUAACUUUUAAGCUUCAGCAAAUAAAUAUUAAAUUGUUUUUUGUUUCUUAUUUUGCUAAUAAUUCCAGAUACAUCUUUUUUGUUAUAUGAGCUGAUAUAAUUUAUGUGCCAUUUUGUGUUUAUAUUGUGUAGUUUAUAUACACUAUAUCAUCACAUGUCAGUGAAACUUUGACUUUUACUUAAACCAAAGAAUGAAGCCUCAAGUUCCUUAACAUUUAGUUGUUUCAACAAUCGACCCCUCUGUUCGUUCGUUAGUUUCUAAGGUUUUACGUCCACUUCCACCAAGGGUGAUGUCGUAGACAAGCCUCUCUGUCCUGGACCUGUCUUUAAAUAUGGCUGUGUCUGAUAUUGGUAAGACAAGAUAUUCAAGCCAACUGGAAAGGUGAUUUAUAAAGACAAUAUUUUCUUAAUGCUUUUGGGGUUUUAUUUUUUUUUAAACGACCGUAGAAAGAGUUUAACUGCUGAACUGUUGAUAAAGGGAAUUCCCAUUUGCAUACCCCUUUCUCACAACGUCGUUCACCCCAUAUGAUUCCGAAUUGUGUACAUUUGGCUUGUCUCCCACUGAGGUAUUCAAACUGGUACUCCAUGGAAAUGUCGACCCAAAUCAAAGAGAGGAUGCUAUACGUAAAGUGUGUAUUAUUAUAUUAAAGAUACAUUCCCUCAAAGUGAAUUAGGUUCUCUAGUGAAACAUUGUUACCUAAAACUAUGAUAUUUCUUAUAAUCCAGAAAAAUAAAAUUAUAAACUAAAAGAGAUUAUUAAACUCAGAAUAUCAAAAUAUCAAUCGCCAAAUUGCCUGUUAACGGUUCGUUGAAAUGAACUUCGGCAAUGAUUAAGUGACGGUUAUACAUGUAAUGACGGUAUUUUUAGAUCUAAGAUUGAAUAGAAUUUUUCAUUCAUAGCUUGCAAGAUAUGAUGUUUUUAGUAACACAGAUAUAUUUGUCUCGAUAUUUUCAAUAUAUUUUCCAAUCAGUGUUUAAGUAUUUAGGCUGUCGGGAAAAUAUAUAUUAUAGUAUUCUUCUUUUUUCACUAGCGACGUAAAGGUUUUUGUAGAAUAGUACAAAGAAGUCAACUUUACCAUCCGUUCAUUUGUAAAUAUCUUUCAUUGUAUUAUUUUAUUCGUGUUCAUAAAUGAAUUCCAAAUAUAACUUUAUACAGGAUAUAUCUCAUGUUUAAAAUUGUCCUUCUCAACAUAAAAAAAUAACCAACAUAUGCUUUAAAAACUGAAUUUAUUUGCUAUAA